AUGGCUGUCAUCAUGAAGGAACGCGUUCGGGCGCAGACACAGACGCUGGACCAGUGUCCUGACAGCCCCGUUGAAGAGGCUCAGACACCGCUCCUAGAAAACAUGGUUAUUGGUGUUCCACCGGUUUUUGAAGGCUUGACGAGGGAGCUUGGGCAGCUGGUUGAGCAGCCGCUGUUGGGUCCUAAGUCGGAGUUCCCUUCACCAUUCUUUGCGUUUGCAAAGAAAGAUGUGUCUGGAAACCGGAAACCACAGGCUAUUGCCCACCGAGGGUAUAAGGCCAAGUUCCCAGAGAACACAAUGGGUGCAUUCAGGGGAGCAGUGGAAGUCGGUGCAGAGGGGCUGGAGACGGAUAUACAUCUGUCGAAAGAUGGCGUAGUCAUGUUGUCCCAUGACAAAGACCUGAAAAGAUGCUUUGGGCGCGACGAGAAAUUGCUUGAUUGCAACUACGAGUUUCUGAGCAAACUCAAGACGCUGAAAGAGCCGCACCAGUCUAUGCCGCGGCUGAUAGAUUUACUCGAGUAUCUUGCUCAGCCCGGGCUGGAAGAGAUUUGGGUGCUUCUAGACAUCAAACUUGACAAUGACCAAGAAGACGUAAUGCGAGCAAUCGCAGAUGCUAUCGGCAGCGUCAAGCCCUCUCCCACUCGCCCCUGGCAAAGCCGUAUCGUUCUCGGCAUUUGGGCCGCGAAGUUCCUGCCCCUCUGCUCUCGCUACCUUCCCAACUUUUCAGUUUCGCACAUCGGCUUCUCCAUUGCCUACGCCUCGCACUUCCUCGCCGUCCCCAACGUGUCUUUCAACAUGUACCAAGCGGCACUCAUGCUCCCCUGGGGCCGCGCCUUUAUCCGCAAAGCGCAGCGUGACAGGCGGCCAGUAUACGCAUGGACGGUCAACGAGGAGCGGCGCAUGCGGUGGGAUAUUCGGCACGGAAUCGAUGGGGUCAUCACGGACGAUCCGAAGCUGUUUCUGGAGGUGCGGCGCGGUUGGCACGAGGAUUGGGCGUGGCCACUGGGCGUGCGCCGGGUCAUAAGAUGGCGUCGUGUGAACGAAGACGUUUGGACCCGGUACGGUACCUUCGAUCUUCAACUUCAGAUGAGGGUCGCUCGUCGCCUGGGACAAAGUGAGAACAAGUUCGCGGGUGGCCCGAGCACAUCCGCCGACGCGUUCAAGCUCCCCGCACGCGUCCCAGCCUGCGCAACUGCACUCAACAUGCCGCGCGAGAUCAUAACUCUUCAGGCCGGCCAGUGCGGCAAUAGCGUCGGCCAGCAGUUCUGGCAGCAGUUGUGCCAAGAACAUGGCAUCAACAAGGACGGCAACCUCGAAGAUUUUGCGACUGAAGGCGGUGACCGCAAGGAUGUCUUCUUCUACCAGUCCGACGAUACGCGCUAUAUUCCACGAGCCAUUCUGCUAGAUCUAGAACCCAGAGUACUCAAUUCGAUCCAAUCCAGCGCCUACAAGAACAUCUACAACCCCGAAAACUUCUACAUACACAAGGAGGGAACCGGUGCAGGAAACAAUUGGGGCGCCGGUUACAGCAUGGGAGAGCAGGUGCAAGAGGAGAUUCUGGACAUGAUCGACCGCGAGGCCGACGGCUCAGAUUCACUCGAAGGCUUCAUGCUCUUGCACUCAAUUGCAGGCGGCACAGGAUCCGGCCUCGGAUCAUUUCUGCUCGAACGGCUGAAUGACAGAUUUCCGAAGAAGCUCAUCCAGACAUACAGUGUGUUCCCGAACACACAGGAAGGAGACGUCGUGGUGCAGCCAUACAACAGCAUGCUUAGCAUGCGACGCCUCACGCAAAAUGCUGACUCCGUGGUGGUGCUCGACAACGGUGCUCUGUCUAAGAUCGCGGCCGACAGGCUACACGUGCAGGCCCCGUCCUUCCAGCAAACGAACCAGCUCGUCUCUACGGUCAUGUCCGCCAGUACUACGACGCUUCGGUACCCAGGUUAUAUGCACAAUGACCUUGUCGGCAUAGUAGCAUCGCUCAUCCCAACUCCUCGCUGUCACUUCUUGAUGACUUCCUACACACCCUUCUCCGGCGAGAACGUAGAGCAAGCCAAGACUGUACGAAAGACCACCGUUUUGGACGUUAUGAGGCGCCUUCUACAACCGAAGAGCAGGAUGGUGUCUACAACCCCGACUAAGAAAAGCUGCUACAUGUCGAUUCUGAACAUCAUUCAGGGCGAGGCGGAUCCAACAGAUGUUCACAAAUCACUUCUGCGAAUCCGAGAACGCCGUUUGGCUACCUUCAUUCCAUGGGGACCGGCAUCAAUCCAAGUUGCCCUGACCCGAAAGUCCCCUUACGUGCAAUCAUCACAUCGUGUGUCAGGCCUAAUGUUGGCGAACCACACCGGUAUUGCGACUCUCUUCAAGCGUAUGGUCAUGCAAUACAACACCCUCCGAAAACGCAACGCUUUCCUUGAGCCCUACAAGCGAGAAGCUCCCUUCCGGGACGGCCUAGGCGAGUUCGACGAGGCGAAAGAGGUCGUCCAGAGCCUCAUCGACGAAUACGAAGACGCUGAGAAUCCAGACUACUUGACCAAAGAGGAUCCGCCCAACGACGAGGGCGACGACAAGCGUGUUGCGUAG